AUGGAGGGCAGAUCGGGAGGUAAAGAAGGCGAGAUCGACGACAUGCUGAGCCACCUAGAGCUGAACGAUGAGGAGUUGGAUGAUGUGGUGGUCGAUGUGGAGGCGGCGAAGGAGUAUCGUAAAACGGCGAGGUGGCUUGCUAUUGGUAAAGUUCAAACCUCCAGAUCUUUUAGUUCAGAGGCUUUGUUUGAGAAGAUGAAGAGCGUCUGGAGUUUGGCAAAGGACCCAGUUUGCCGGGAGGUGGGCGAUAACCUGUUUUUAUUCCAGAUGUACUGUCUGGCAGAUUGGAAGAAGGUUGUUCAUCAAGGUCCCUGGACGUUUAGGGGUUGGGGUUUGCUAGUGGAGGAUUACGAUGGGCUCGGUGACCCAGCGGAGUUCGUGUUCAGUGGGUUGUUUGUCUGGGCUCAAAUUCAUGGAAUUCCGGAGCUAUACCGGAAGGAGGAGGUGGUGGAUGACCUAGCCCGAAGGAUUGGCAAGGUGAAAGAAGUUCAGAUGGUACCUAAGUUGUUUUUUGAAGGAAAUUAUGUGAGACUAAGGGUCAGAAUUGAGGUUGCUAAACCAUUACUGAGGUUUGUCUCCCUUACUACCCCGGAGGGUAAGAAGAGGCUAGCGGUUAAAUAUGAAAAAAUGCCGUUUUUCUGUAAGAGGUGUGGGCUUAUAGGUCAUGACCAUGAGGAGUGCGGUGAUGGGGUGUGGGAGGAAAAACAGUUGCAGUAUGGUACGUGGAUGCUGGCGACACGUAGGGCUAAUUAA